ACAAACUCAAGAGAGUGGCAUCAAGGAGUCUGUGUCCUGGGGCACUCAGAGGACCCAGGAUGCACUCUGUGAGGCCAGGGCACCCCUGGAGCGUGGUCACUCAGCAGAGAUACCUGUGGGUCAGCCAGGAACACUGGCUGCAGAUGUCCAGAUGCAGAACAUGGCACUGAGGGGCCCUGAUGGGGAGCCCCAGCCUGGGCUGGAGAGCCAGGGCCGGGCCGCUUCCAUGCCCCGCCUGGCAGCAGAAACACAGCCCGCCCCUGAUGCCAGCCCCAUGAAGCGCUCCAUCUCCACAUUGGCCCAGCGCCCCCACGGGACCCACCUCUGCAACACCACCCUGGACCGCCCUCCCCCCAGCCAGGCACCUCAUCACCACCACCAUCGCUGUCACCGCCGCAGGGACAAGAAGCAGAGGUCCCUGGAGAAGGGGUCAAGUCAGCCUGCUGACACUGAUGGCGCACCAAGCAGCGCCGUGGGGCCCAGCCUGCCCCCAGGAGAGGGGCCCACAGGCUGCCGGCGGGAACGGGAGCGCAAGCAGGAGCGAGGCCGGUCCCAGGAGCGGAGGCAGCCCUCAUCCUCGUCCUCGGAGAAGCAGCGCUUCUACUCCUGUGACCGCUUUGGAGGACGCGAGCACCCUCAGCCCAAGCCCUCCCUCAGCAGCCACCCCACGUCUCCAACGGCUGGGGAGCCGGGACCCCCACCACAGGGUAGUGGUUCAGUUAACGGGAGCCCAUUGCUGUCAACAUCUGGUGCUAGCACCCCGGGCCGAGGCGGGCGGAGGCAGCUCCCCCAGACACCCCUGACCCCCCGCCCCAGCAUCACCUACAAGACGGCCAACUCCUCGCCUGUCCAUUUCGCUGGGGCUCAGAGUGGCCUCCCGGCCUUCUCUCCUGGCCGGCUCAGCCGUGGGCUUUCUGAACACAAUGCCCUGCUCCAGAGAGACCCCCUGAGCCAGCCCCUUGCCCCAGGCUCUCGCAUUGGCUCCGACCCUUACCUGGGGCAGCGCAUGGACAGCGAGGCCUCUGCCCACACCCUGCCUGAGGACACACUCACCUUCGAGGAGGCCGUGGCCACCAACUCGGGCCGCUCUUCCAGGACUUCCUACGUGUCUUCCCUGACCUCCCAGUCCACACCCUCUCCGCCGUGUGCCUAAUGGCUACCACUGCACUCUGGGGCUCAGCACCGGCAGCCGGGCGCGGCACAGCUACCACACCCGGACCAAGACCACUGGUGCUAACUGCACCGAGAUCAUGCGCCUCAUGUGGCAGGCACCUGCGGGUUCCCGUUGAUGAGUUUAUCAUCUAUGCUGGAGCCCCAGGGCCACAGCCCAGGAGAAGGGGCUCACCACGUGGCUCCACGGUGGAGGCUCCGUUCCUCUCCCUUCCUUCCUCCUCUUUUUACACUAGAUGGACUAAUAAGCCCUUAGAGGGACAUGGCUCUCUGACCCCUCGUGUGCUGCCUCCCUGGGUCUCAUGCCACACGUCAGAGCCUAAGCAGGAAGUGGUGGAGUUGAGGCAGACCUGGUGAGUCCAGAUCCCACAUCCUGGCCUCCAGCAUCCAGGGCAGGUGCCCAGAACCUCAUUGGGAGGCCUGCGUUCUCGCGUGGGAGCAUCCUUAUCCAGACAUGUGGUUGGAGGGCUAGGAACGCCUGGAAACACAGAAAGGAGCCCCACCAUGGCCUGCAGCCCCCGCCGGCCUCCCACUCACACAGUGUGUUGCUCUUGCCACCGAAGAGCAGAUUGCAGAGUUGCAUUCUGUCUGUCCCUGGACUCUGCUGCCCCCACGGGGACCGGGUCUGGAGAAUGUUCUUGCUGUCGGUUUCUAGUACAGCACCCUCCACUCUGUCGUUUCUGCAUCCUUGAUCUGAAAAAUAGAAAAGUGGGGGAGGAAGUGUUGACUUUGAAAGCCAGCCUGUAGGGAGGUCUCCACUGUGGGGUGCUCCUGUUUGCACUCCCUGUCUCGGCCGUCCCUGACUGCCCUGGCUGCACUGCUUGACCAAGUGCCCUGGCCCCUGACUCCUAGCCACUGCAUGCCAGGCGCGUCCUCUGAACCCUCCAGGGGGACUGUGUGAAAACUGUUCAUGGGCGCAACAGGUCAAAGCUUGUGUCCCUGGAUGCCCGCAGCAUGUCAUUGGUGGUGACAGGUGGCUGCCCUGUGUUCCUCCCAUAGCGAGGAGGUUCUGGGGAAGCCGCAGAGCUGCAGGGCAUGUGCUUGCAUGAGGCACUCUCAGUCUGUUCUAUGUCUGAUUCUCAGGGACGGAGGCCUGCCAUGGAGGGCGUGAUCUCUGUGGGAAGUUUUCACCCAAGGCUGCGGAGAGUGAAAGGCCGCUGGGGAGGGGGGACCUGACCACGGCUGCGUGUAGGGCCAUUGGUAGGAGGGAGCAAGGCACAGCAGGUGACUGGCAGGGGAGAAAUGGCGCUGGGCUAAGGCUGGGUGUGCAGAGCUAGCGGGGUUCCCUGUCCAGACAAAACCUGGCUGCAUGGCCUCUCUCCAAAGGGAAAGUGCUCACCACAGGGCACGUGUGGGUGAGUCUGUGGCCAUGUCCUCUAUGUCUCGAAACUUCAGAGGAUCUCUCUGUGACUGUUGGCUUCUACCCCACGAGUCUCCUGAAAGAAGCUGUAUGGAUGUGUGCGUGUGUGCUCACAGGAGACAGGCACAUGCAGUGUGUCACUGAGUGGGUGUUGUCAACCAUAGGGCUAUGCAACAAAAGACACUUUCAAUAGAAACAAAACAGGACCGCCACCUGGUCUGGGGUUUCAGCAUGAUUGUGACCAAUCCUUUUAUAGAAUUUCCUUAUGUGAAGGCACAACACUCUGAAACUUAAUGAUUAGCAGAAUAUUUUAUUCUAAUAGGGUAAAAUUAGGCAGGAAUCUUGGACUGUGCAUGUGACUCUGCACUUGUGUGGCAAAGUAGAGGGCUGUGCAUUUUGAUACUGGUGUCUGUCUCUGUUCCUGCCCCAGCCCAGGUUCUUGGGUGCCGAAUGCACACAUUCCAUGUAGAACCACGACUGUCUCCCUGGGGAGUCCUGGGUCAAGAGCCCUCUUUUCUAGACCCACACAACCUAGCUGGCUGGCCUGGAUCCUUCUAGGCACUGGCAUUCAUGACAGUUGCAAGGUUGGGGAAGGAGACAUCAGGGCUUGCCUUCCUGACUUCAGGUUUGUUUCUGUACUGUCUCUUUCCAAGCUAUUGUCUGUUUUCCUUGAAGUCUUACAGUGAGUUGCCAAAUUUGAAAUGCAUCAGCCACUGUCUGCAUCUGGAACCUGUCAAGCAGCGGCUGACCUUGAACAAGUUAUGUGUGCAUGUAGAAUAUACACAUAUAUACGUUAUUCCAGUAUGUGCAUGAAAUGUAUAUCUUCCUACUUUUUGAUACAAUGUACUCAUUUGUUAAUUUUUAAUUAUAUUUGAUAUAAAUUGAAGGUUUGUUGUAAAACUUUAUAUUUAACAACAGUGUUAGAGAGAGAGAGAGAGAGAGAGAGAGAGAGAGAGAGAGAGUGAGAGAGAGACCCUACCAUGGAACACAACUGGUAUCUAC